AUGUGGAGAGCAUCGUCGGUGAAGCUCUUCGACAGCAAGUUGAAGAUUACUGAGAAGGUUGACAUUUGGUCGAUGGGCUGCAUCUUCACGGAAAUCAAUGGCGGACCACUUCCGUACGAGGGCAUCAACACUUUGGCAGAACUUACUCGUGAAAUGCUUGUCAACCGGAGGACACCAUCCAUACCUCCAACAAUUGCAGAGCCUUUGCAAGUUGUCAUAUCAGCGUGCUACAACUUUGAUGCGCGUCUACGUCCGUCUGCACGACAGGUGUAUGACCAGCUCCGCGAAGGAAAGAAGAAACUCCAAACACAAGGGUUGCUGACAAACAUUUGA